AUGCAGGAAGGUGUUUACUCUUACUUCCGGUCACAAGUGUUACUCACAGAUGCCCGUCUGACGUGGGUCCGGCUGGGCUGUGGCAGACGCCCCUCCAUGCAGUGUUACUUGUUGAGCAUCAGCUCCCCCUCGCCCGCCCCUUCCCGCCACCUCCUCACUCUUCCGGGUUGUGCAAUAACUCUCCCAGCCAGUGGUCUUUCCCACAGGCCGUCUGUCCCUUCCAGUGCCUGGCCACUGGGGCAGGAUGGGACCCACGGGAGGGUGGUCGUCAUCCCCAGAGAAGAAAUGGUAGCCACGCUCCCUCUGUCGUUCUCGUGA